AAUAAAUAUUAAAUUUUUAAAUUUUUUAAAUUUAAUAUUUAAUAAAAUUAUUAAGUUAUCAAAUAUCAAAUAUAAAUAAUAUAUCAUAAAAUUUAAUCAACUUAGUGAAGCAUCACAAUUUCGUAUCCAAAAAACUAAAAAAAAUGAAUAAAGAAAAUUAAAAACAGUCAAGAUAGCAACCAAGAUAAAAGAAAAAAGUAUCCAAAAGACAAAUUAUAUAAAUGAACCAGUUGCAUGGUGCCCUUUCCUUCUGGGUUUCAGAAUUUGAUAUUCCAACUACUUUAUUUUUGGAAAUUAGCCAAAGGUCAUCUAAUGUUCCAUCGCUUGCCAAUUUGAUAACUGCACAUCACCUUCUUCUCUACUCUUUUAAUUUCUUAUGGACACUAGUCAAUUCAUUUCAUUUCCUUCUACCAUAGUGUAUAUUUCAAAGCAAUCCAAUUCAUCAUCCAUAGUCUUCCUUCUCUAAAUUUUCACUUCCAAAUGGCUACUGUUUUGAUGUUGCUUAUUUUCUCUCUGAUUAAAUCUCCUUCAGUUUCUUCUUCAACAUUUCAUAGUACUUUAAUGGAAGGCUCCUCUAUCUCUGUAGAGAACCCAGACCAUGUUUUGGUUUCCCCUGAUGCCACUUUUGCUGCUGGCUUUUACCCAGUUGGCGAUAAUGCUUUUUCCUUUGCUAUAUGGUUCAAUGAUCCUUCUUGUUUUAAUAGUUGCACGGUAGUAUGGAUGGCGAACCGGGAUGUACCUGUCAAUGGAAGAAGCUCGAAACUAUCUCUGCAUAGAAAUGGGAAUCUUAUACUGACUGAUGCUUGCCAACCCGAUAUUAUUUGGUCUACCAAAACUUUCCCGCUCUCUCCAUCUUUUUUGCAGCUUCAUGAUAGUGGUAAUCUUCGUCUGAUUACUACAAGAGGGGGCACCAUUUUAUGGCAAAGCUUUGAUUCACCUACAGAUACCCUUCUUCCUCAUCAACCACUUACAAGAGACUCACUUCUUGUUUCUUCAAGAAGCUUGACAAACUUUUUUUCUGGUUUUUAUAAGUUGUCUUUCGAUGAUGAUAAUGUUCUCCGUCUUGUUUAUGAUGGUGUUAAAGUUUCAAGUUCCUUCUGGCCAGAUCAUUGGCUUCUCAGCCGAGAAGCUGGGAGAACCUCGUACAAUAGCAGUAGAACUGCUGUACUUGAUUCAUUUGGAAACUUUACUUCAUCAGAUAAUUUCACUCUUUUCUCUGCUGAUCAUGGACCGCCACUUCAGCGAAGAUUAACUCUUGAUUUUGAUGGUAAUUUGCGAUUGUACAGCCGCAAAGAUGAGAGAGCGCCUUGGAUAAUUUCAGGGCAAGUUAUUUCUCAACCAUGCAAGAUUCAUGGAACUUGUGGUCCUAAUAGUCUUUGUGAUUAUGUUCCUAGCUUUGGAAGAAAAUGUUCUUGCCUUCCAGGAUAUAAAAUGAAAGAUCAUGCUGAUUGGUCUUUAGGCUGCAAACUAGAAGUUGACAGUUCUUAUGCUGAAAAUGAAGCAACUUUCCUUCGAUUCCCUCAAGUUGAAAUGUAUGGCUAUGAUUUUGGCUUCUACAUCAAUUACACUCUCGAUAUGUGCAAGAAAGUUUGCCUGGAAAGAUAUGAUUGCAAAGGGUUUGAACACAAAUUCAUCUUCCAGAAUCACCCUGAAAAUAUUCCUUAUUGCUUUCCCAAGACGCAAUUGCUAAAUGGCUAUCGUUCUCCAAAUUUUCGAGGAGAGCUGUAUUUGAAAGUACCAAAAACCAGUCAUUCGAAGAACUUGUCAGCUAAAGACUUCGAUCUAGAUUGUCCUGCUGGAGCUGUAAAGCAAAUUGACAGAAGAAACCAGCAGAAAACAGACGCAGCUGCCCAAGAUUACCUUCUUACUACUACUGAUUUUAAAAGAUUUACCUACACUGAGCUAAAGAAAGCAACAAGAAAUUUCAAUGAAGAAAUCGGACGAGGAGGAGCUGGAGUAGUGUAUAAGGGCUUACUAGAUGACCAACGACUUGCAGCUAUCAAAAGACUAAAUGAUGCUACUAGCCAAGGAGAAGCUGAAUUUCUAGCAGAAGUUAGCACUGUUGGGAAGCUUAAUCACAUGAACUUGAUAGAGAUGUUGGGAUACUGUGCAGAAGGUAAGCACAGGCUUUUAGUCUACGAGUAUAUGGAGAAGGGAUCACUAGCUGAAAAUCUCUCUUCCAAGGAACUGGAUUGGGAUAAGAGGUUUAAAAUUGCAGUUGGCACUGCUAAGGGUCUAGCUUACUUGCACGAAGAAUGCUUAGAGUGGGUUCUGCACUGCGAUGUAAAGCCAGAAAACAUACUCUUGGAUGGUGAUUACCAGCCAAAAGUUUCAGAUUUCGGACUCUCCCGGCUAAUAAGCAGAGGCGAACUUCACAAUUCAAGCUUCUCAAGAGUAAGAGGAACAAGAGGGUAUAUGGCUCCUGAGUGGAUACUCAAUCAGCCCAUUACCUCGAAGGUAGAUGUCUACAGCUAUGGAAUGGUUGUGUUGGAAAUGCUGACUGGAAAGGGCUCAAAGGAGAAUAAAAGAUUGGCCCAAUGGGUGGAGAAGAAUUGGAAUGGAGCUUCUGCAAGCACAUGUUGGGUUAAAGAGAGAACUGAUGCAAUCAUGGGAAUGGACAUAGAUGAAAAGAAAAUCGAGACACUCAUUGAAGUGGCAUUGAAGUGCGUGGAGGAAUGCAAAGACGAUAGACCCUCCAUGAGCCAAGUGGUUAAGAUGAUUCUACAGUAUGAAGAUGAUUAUUAGUAAGUAACUGUGUUUAUAGGUGUAAUUAUAGGUGUAAUAAUUAUUUUAUAUUUAUAAUUUUAUACUAGUUAAAUAAUUAUUUUAUUGUGGAGCA